CCCCAACAUCUCAACACCCCGAAGAUGAAAGUCUUCUCGCUCUUCUCGCUGUUGUUCGCUACUCUUACCGCAACCUCCGCCGCCCUCGUCGGCUCCGGAGGCGUGCCGACUUGCACUAACGAGCAGGUUGCGUACGAGACCUACAUCGGCAAGGACCACAAUGUCAAGGUCUCGUACUCCCAGUGCGACGAAGACGCCUCGACGGCUGCCCUUGCUAAGAGGCAGAGCAGCAAUGUCUGCGGCGCUGCUUGCAACACCUUCUGCUUCACUCCGGCCGGCGGCCCCAGCGCUAGCGACUGCAACGUCAUAGCAGAUGCCCUGCUAUACGACUCGCAGAACGUCGGCGUGCUCUUCAACGUCUCUGCUACCGGCACCCCCACGAACAAGAUCACGAUGCAGUACGGGACGUGCCUCACGUACUUCCUGAACCAGGACUUCUCCACGCUCGUGUACUGCCGGACCGAAUGGUCCAAGCUCGUCACCUGGCUGUCUACCGAUUGCGCCCCUGCCAACAAUGCCCAAGGCGGGCUAUGCGUCGCGACCGACCAGCGCUGGUACGUCCAGCUCCAGCACUCGUAAUCGAUGGCCUCUCAGGAACUUCGAACGGAGUGCGGACUCCACGUUUCGGACUCUUUCUGGCCCGGACUCGUAUGGACUGAUUCUUGGACACUAUGGCUCUGUUGUAACGUCUCCUACCCUCACUCCAUGAUCAUGUAUCUCUCCCAGCACGGGAGACUCUUCCGUGCGGUCCCUAUGAUGGCGUACCGUGCAUCACUGUUCAUGAGCAGCAAC